AUGGAGAACAAUGAUCCACUAAUAAAUAAUGCGUUCAUGUUCAUAUAUGCGCGCCAAGAUAAACCAUGUGCUGAGAAAAUUGAGAACCUCGAGACUGUUUUGAACAAUGGUGCUGACAUCAACUACCGCGAUGCGAAUGACAAGAGCAACACUAUCUUACACAUUGCAGCUCAAAGAGAUGAAAAGGACGUCGUGGAUUACCUUAUAAAGAAAGGUGCUUUAAUAUUGUAUAAUACAGACAAUAUACCAAAAACACCAGUACAUAUCGCAAAAGAAAAAGAUACGCCCAUAAGCAAACAAAUAUACAACAUUUUAAUUGAGUAUGACAAGCACAGUUCCGAAGAAAAGAAUUCCAAAAAACUUCAAAUACAGUUAAAGAAAAGCUGUUCAUUGACGCGGCAAAAUAGCUGCGCCACUCCAGCUGAAAUCACUUACCCGAAGCGAGCAGGCACUUCAGGCGUGAGUGGACAGUUCUACGAAACAAAGCUGUUGAGUUUAGUACUCCAUCGAGCACUACACGACAAAGUUAUUGAAGAAUGUUAUUUAGCAGCCAACAUCAGGGAUAUCGGAGACCUCGACGAUGUUUGCUUCAGAUUCAAGAUGCAAGAGGAUGGCAAGACGAAACAUGUCUUGUGUUUCACUCAAGCCAAACAUAGAGAAGACGUUGACAAAGCAAAACUUACCCUACUUAUCCACGAGCUCCCCAUACAAGCUGCAAUUAAUCACCACGUCCUUAACUCCCAGUGCAACGCCGAAGAUUAUUACUACAAUCCUCAAAAUGUCUCAAAGACCACAUUGUCCGGGAUAGCCGCGUACAGAUCAGCUCUGACCCUGGACUGGUUGGCAGCCGAAGAUUUGAGGCAGAGAGAACUGGCUGCAGCAUUUGAGACGGAGCCCUCUCCAGCCCCUAGGAGCCUCUCCAUUGAUUGUAUUUCUUAUGCACGACCGGCUUCGGGGAAGGUUGCUCGACUGAUGUUGGAACUUCUGAAGAAUCUAGAAGGCGAUGAAGGCACGAUAGUAACAGAUCUAAUCCAAGCCUUAGUUCGUACAAAGCUGCUGGUAGAAACUUCCAUGUUGGACGCUGAACCAGACUUGGAAUCCCUGGUCAAGACUCCUAACGUGAUGAUGGGGGAACCUCACACGACCUUUCCAAGGAUACUGGCGAUGACAUGGAUGACCGUCACGGAUCCUGUCACUACGAAGAAGUUUGGAUGGUGUCCUGUUAAUAGGGUGAACAAAUACCUUUCAAUCAGCAAGCCGAUAUCCAUAGCGAAACAAAUGAAAGCUUUAGAGCCCGUCAUAGCGAGGGCUCGGUUUAUAAUGGAAGAGUUCAUUCAGCAUGUUACCCCUCUCAAUAUGUACCAAAAGAAGUUGCCUGAUAAUGCUGCAACCACCAGGACUUUGCCAACAACGUUGAAGAGAAUGGUUGGAAUGGUCGAAACUUCGAGUGACAUUACGAUAAGAGUUAGAAGUAACAAACGGACGCGGACUCCUAACACCGUCCGUGCAAUACACGUGGCUUUAGCGCAAUCCGCUACAGCAGCACCCUUGUUGGAGGCGGAUCCAUUGCCGAGCUUCCGUGAGGAGGCACCGCCGAAAGCUACAGCUGCGGCCAGCUGUGCUUGCCUCUUCGUAUUGUGGCCUUUGUGCUUGUUUUGUACACAAUAAAUGUGCUUUGUGAAAGUUA